UCAAACAAAUACUAAAAAGUAUUUUUCAUCCACCAAUGAAAAACAUUUUAGUUCGGACCAAACACACAUCACAAUAUUCAAUCCCCUUAUCCUAUUUUCACUUGUUUCUUCUUUCGCUGUAUUUUCCGCUCAAAAUUCUCUUUAGGUUCUACUAGAAUGGCUUCCACUCUAUCCACAAUCACCCUUCCUUCUCCCUCUCACAUUUCUCCAUCUACCACUCACGCUUCUGUUUCCUUCCCCACCAAAACCCUACAACUACCCAUUCGCACUCCCAAACUCCACCGCCGCCGCGCCACCUUCGUCCGCCCUCUCGCCGCCGUCGAUGCGCCGGAGAAGGUCGUCCAGCUCGGAGAUGAAAUCUCCACUCUAACCCUCGCCGACGCCCAGAAACUGGUCGAGUACCUUCAGGAUAAGCUUGGUGUUUCAGCUGCCUCCUUUGCACCCGCCGCCGUCGUCGUCGCUGCACCUGGUGGCGCAGCCGCUGAUGCUCCACCUGUGGUGGAGGAGAAGACGGAAUUCGACGUAGUCAUUGAUGAAGUGCCGAGUAAUGCUAGAAUUGCGACGAUUAAGGCAGUUAGGGCCUUAACAAAUUUGGCAUUGAAGGAAGCUAAGGAAUUGAUUGAAGGCUUGCCUAAGAAAUUUAAGGAGGGCGUUUCUCAGGAAGAAGCUGAAGAAGCUAAGAAGCAGCUCGAAGAAGCUGGUGCUAAAGUUUCCAUUGCUUAAAAUGAAUUUGUGGUAAAUGUUCGUUCUUGUUUGCGUUUUCGCAAGAGAAUUCAGUUGUUAGAUAUACUUGUAUCCAAUUAUCUAGAAUCAAAGUUUUUUUCGCCCGUGUUUGCUUAUGGCUAUGCAUCAUUUGUGAUUGUUA